CGAGAAUUCCCGAGUAUGGAGGCCUUCGCUAGUAGGUUGGAGGCCAUCGCUAUUAGAACAAGACAGAAAGAAAAGGAAGAAUGGUCUCAUAUAGUUUGCUAUUAGGUUGGAGGCCAUUGCUUCCAGGUUGAAGGUCCGAGAAUUCCGGAGUAUGGCAUUCCCAGUUUCGGCCCGAGCGUUCUUCCUCGAGCGUGCGGAAUGCGUAGGGUUAAUUGUUUUCGUUUCGCUUUGGGAGUCUGAGGGGUAGAGCGUUGUUCGCGUGGCGGUGCUUUCGUGUUCGCAACCGCUUGCAACUGUCCGUGACCGUCCGCAACCGUUUGAAUGUGAUCGAUAAGGCCCUGCCAUUGGGGAGUGGCGUUCGCAGUGUGAUGUCUUGGAGGUGUUGAGUGUCGCUGUGCAUUGGAAUUUGCUUUUCAGGCCCUUGCCUCGAAGCUGUGUUUUUGCCUCACAAGAGUGUCCGACAAGUGUGUGCCACAAGAGGGUCUAACAGCAGUGUCCCACAAUAGUAUCAAUAGUGUCCCACAGGACUCUGCCACAACAUGUCCUACAAGAGUGUCCGACAGGAAUGUCAGUGUGCGACAAGAGUGUCUCACAAGAGUGGCCUACAAGAGUGGCCCAAAACGUGUGCAAGGAGAGUUCCCCGCAAGACCCCACAAGAGUGUCAAGCAAUGUUUUGCCGUCUAUUUUCGAGUACGUGUAUGCAUUCGGGUUCGUGGGUUUCAUCAUAUUUUUAAAACGAUGUUGUGUGUUUAGCGGUCCACACCCGGUCCGCUCAUCCCCUUAACUGCAGGGGUGGGGUAGUGGCCCGCCUGUCCGCCUAGUGUUGCGCCCGGGCAUUCAACCCGGAUCCGAUGCAUUAGGGAUGCAUCAUAGCCACUUGACCAUACCGGCCGUCAUUGGUUUUAACCGAUGUGCGGACUUGUGAUGUUGGAUGUGAACACCACUCACCUGUGAGUACAACUUGAUGGAGCGGAAUAUGCUGAGUACCCGGCUGUUCCCAUCCAAGGUGGCCUUUGAGAUGCUGGAUGUGAACAAAGAGGGAGUGCUGGGGAAGAAGCAGGCUCGGGACUUCCUCCGCUGUGCCGGGUGGUGCCUCCCGGACGACGACUUGGAUGCGAUGCUCCUCCCGCCUGCGGGGGCUGGGGUGGGCGCGAAGUCAGGAGGAGCAGAGCGCACGAAGUGGAACUUAAGCAUGCUGAUGGACUUGCUGGCAGCCAAUCAGGACCGGGAGAAUGUGAGCGUACAGGCCGUGCAGCAAGCGUUAAGGCGCUUGGCGAGCAACCGGGCGAAGAUCAGCAAGGAGAGGAUCUUGGAAUUCAUUGCCCAAGACCAGGAGCUUUCGGAAAAGGACAUCGAUCAAGUGCUGGGAGCGAUUGGCAUGGGUGGAGCCAAGCUGUUGGACUGUGACAGCCUGGCGACGAAGCUCUUGGAUCGAGUCUGCAAUCCUCCCUCCGUGCUGGAGAUGCACGAGCUUGGAACGUGAUGGGACUGUGACAGAGUGAGAACGGCAGAUGAGACGAGGGGUGUGGAUUCACUGAGGCUCCUCAGGCCGCCUAAGAGAGAAACAACUUUGCACAAAAUUGUGAACUCAUCCGUUGUCUUUGGUAUUUCAAGGUUGGUUUGCAGGAGAACUAUCAGGAUUCGCUUGUGUUUUUUGUCAUUGACACAUUCAAGGAUUUUCUUGGUAGUUCUCCUGUUGACAAACCCUGUGAUUGUGUGGUGCUGCUUGGACCACAUCCGCAUGGAGCAAGACUACAGUUUCACCAUCUCGAUUCAAGAAGCACCCAAUGCGAUGCAACUGGCCAAGGGCCAUCAGUCUUGGGACACAUACUGUGUACCGUCAAGAGGGGGGACCUUCCAAAUCCUUUC